GCACUGAAGUGAAUACUAACUUGGCACAGGGUAAUAAAAAGACGUUCUUUUCUUCACAGGCAACAUUCUGCCAAUCCAGUUUCUCAAAGAUUAGUACCUAGAUCAACAAAAAGUGCAAAGUAACAACGUAUUGCCAGCUGUCAUUUGGAUAAAAGUCACAACAAUUAGAACGAGAUAACAUGUAGGCAAGGGCGUAGGUUUGGUAUUAACAUUGGUGGGGACAAAAACCCAAUGCCAACCCCCAGUGCUGCCAACUUCAAGUCAACAUUAGAGGGUCACAAUAUUUUGCUCCCUUGUGUUCCACCAAAAGAGUCUCCAUCAUCUCUCCAAAGGCCAGACUUUUAACAUUUGAAGUUCAGAACUGUAGUAAUUCAUGAAUAAUAAUAAUAAUAAUAAUAAUAAUAAUAAUAAUAAUAAUAAUAUGAAAUCCAUUUGAUCAUUUGAUUAACUGCAAAUCUUGCAUGUGAUGAUGAACUCAUUCUACCAAUUUGCAAAUGUGUUUUCCAAGCGAAUAGCGCACUGACUGUCGGGAGGGUGUAUGUUCCUUUACCUCAUAAAUGGAAAUAAAACCCAUCCGGAGCCAUAAACACUACGUUCCAUGAGGCUGGCAGGGGGAGUCGCUCUCUUCUGUGGGAUCUUUAACUAGUUUUAGAAUGCUAGUUUAAGCUGAUAUGUGAUUGAUCUAACGGUAAAACAGCACGAGGGCUCGAGAACUUUGACAGGUUACAAUUUUACUUGGCAACAGAAUGUAUCUGAACUCUGAUUGGUUGUUGUAUCUGAAUUCUGAUUGGUUGUUGUUAUAUUAUUGCCCUUUUGUUGAGUUCUUGAGCCCAGAGUGGGGGGAGGGGGGAGUGACAGGGUUCUACAGAGAAAAGUUUUCACUGCGACCGAACUGCUGUUUUCGUGACCACGCCCCCAGCGCGGAUAUUCAUGUUCACCUUGUUCAGUUUGUUUUUCUCUUUUAUUUUAGAUUUCUGUUAUCUGACUCUGGAUCCCAACACGGCACAUCGUCACCUCAUUCUGUCUGAGAAGAACAGAGCGGUGAGAGUCAGUGAGAGAGAGCAGCGUUACUCUGAUCAUCCAGAGAGUUUUGAUUUCUGGGAGCAGGUGUUGUGUAAGGAGAGUGUGUGUGGACGCUGUUACUGGGAGGUGGAGUGGAGCGGUGCUGGUGUGUCCAUAUCAGUCUCAUAUAAAGACAUCAGCAGGAAAGGAGAGGGUUAUGAGUGUAUGUUUGGCUCCAACAAUCAGUCCUGGAGACUGCGGUGUUCUUCUUCUUCUUCUCUCUCUUUCUUUCACAACAGCAUUGAAACUGAUCUCAGACUUCCAUCACCCUCCAGAAUAGGAGUGUAUGUGGAUCACAGUGCAGGAACUCUGUCCUUCUACAGCGUCUCUGACACGAUGAAGCUCCUCCACAGAGUCCACACCACAUUCACUCAGACUCUAUACGCUGGGUUUGGGCCUUUCUGGUUUUAUGGUUCUACAGUGAGAUUGUGUGAUCCAGAAUAAAAGUGUGUAGUGUUUUCUGUAAAAUUCCUGCACGUUGCCAUGUUGUUGCUCAGUCGUCUGUUUCACUAGAACACAAUCCAGCUGCACAAAAACACUCAUUUUAAUAUUUAAAUUAAAACAGAUGAAUAAUUUAAAAUAAUUAAAAAGGAAAUGUUAAAAAUUAACUGUCAGACAAGAAAUUCAUCAAAUUUAAAAAGAAAAUGAUCUCAUGACCUUCGCAUUAUAAAGUUGUUUGUUUCAUAUUAAGCAGCGUCUCAUUAAACAACUAAUAAACAGUAAUAAAGCCAGAACAGAACAACAUUUUAAACCUGUUCAGGUCACAUCACAUUCACAUCACAUUAUCUCUAGCCGCUUUAUCCUUCUACAGGGUCGCAGGCAAGCUGGAGCCUAUCCCAGCUGACUACGGGCGAAAGGUGGGGUACACCCUGGACAAGUCGCCAGGUCAUCACAGGGCUGACACAUAGACAACCAUUCACACUCACACCUACGGUCAAUUUAGAGUCACCAGUUAACCUAGCCUGCAUGUCUUUGGACUGUGGGGGAAACCGGAGCACCCGGAGGAAACCCACGCGGACACGGGGAGAACAUUCAAACUCCACACAGAAAGGCCCUCGCCGGCCCCGGGGCUCGAACCCAGGACCUUCUUGCUGUGAGGCGACAGCACGAACCACUACACCACCGUGCCGCCCCUGUUCAGGUCACACUAUAUAAAAAUAAAACAUCACUUUUGGAAUGAAUUUGAUUUUUCUGCUUGUGUUCUAAGUUGUAAAAUCCACAUUCACUUUUUCAAAUCUGAAGUUGUUUCUAAACCCUGAGAUUUGAUUGUAAAACAUUGAACAAUAUUUAAACUCCAUUAGAACAUCCAGUACAUGAUCGGUUCAGGCUGCCGAUGUCGUGUUCAUCCCAUAUUCAGCCUGGAUGAUGAUUGGCCCGCUGAUAGAACCUUAUAAAUCCAGGUUUAUCUGUGAGUUUGGGAUUUUUAUUCGAAUAUUACAAUCAAAGCUUUGCAGAAUAAAAGAUAAGUGCACAGGAGAAUAAAGUUUCCCCCAGUGAUGGAGUUUCUGUGCUGAACUCAUUUUCAGACAGAAGCAAAUUCAACCUUUUCCUGAGAGUUUCAGCAGCUGGAUAAAUAUUGUUCAGUAUUUUAAACUGAAUUUCUUUCACUGUUUGUGAAAUUGGCCGUCUAAGAUAACUACAGUGUGUAUUUGUUAGCGUUCCUCCAUCGUCAGUUAUUCUUACAUUUGCUUAUUUUUUUUUUAAAUCAGGGAAUAGCUUCCAUUUUAAAAUAUUUCUAAUUCCUUUGUGAUUAGAUUUUCUUUCACCAAUUUCCACUUCACCCAUUUUCAGUUCAGGCAGUUUGACCGACACCUUUGAAUAUUUAAGGGUAUUUUUUAUUGUGAAUCUUAAGGGAGGUGGAAUAGCUCUAC